UUACCUAUGUGGAACUGGCUGCCCCUGCAAGAAAGAUCCUGGUGUUAGCUUUGACAGCUGGGCUGGACAGAGCUCUCCAGCAAGUACCAUUUCCUUCACCAUGGCUGUCAUUCAUCCUGGACGAUCUGGGCCUUAUAUAGAACUGCAGAUGGAGUCAAGGCCUGACUCGGAUUUUGAUUCAGAUUCUGACAACCCAGUCUUCAACAGCACCAAACCUGGUUCUGCUUAUCCUGCCUGCUCCCAAGUGAUCCACAGUGGUCACUUCAUGGUGUCAUGUCCACACAGGGACUUGGUGCCCCGUCGGCGCCAUCAACAGGUGGAGCCAGAAGUCCCUGAUCCUCCAAGCAUUGAUCCCACUCUCACCCGCCUGUUUGAGUGCAUGAGCCUGGCUUACAGUGGGAAGCUGGUAUCCCCCAAGUGGAAGAAUUUUAAAGGAUUACAAUUGCUUUGUCGGGAGAAGAUCCGCCUCAACAAUGCCAUUUGGAGAGCUUGGUACAUCCAGUAUGUGGAACGCAGGAAGACCUCUGUUUGUGGAUUUGUUACUCCUCUAGAUGGGUCUGAAGCAGAUGAGCAUCGAAAGCCAGAAGCAGUUGUGUUGGAAGGAAACUACUGGAAGCGACGGAUUGAGGUGGUAAUGAAGGAGUAUCACAAGUGGCGGACCUACUACAAGAAAAGACUCCACAGGUUUAGCCGAGAAGGGGAAGUUCCCAGCCCAAAACCGGAAGAUGUACCUUGGCAAUCAACAGAGAAUUGGUGUAACCAGCUCUUCUCCAAUGUGGUGCCAAUGCUGCUGCGGGAUAAGGAGGAGGAAGAGGAGGAGGGAAGGCAGCUCUUUGAUAUGGACAGCUUCCUCUCAGACAUCUCGGACACCCUGUUCACCAUGACUCAGGGCAACUGUCCUCCUCAAUCAUCAUCAGAAGAAGCUUACGUUGGCAAUGCUGACAUGAUCCAACCAGACCUGGCCCCGCUACAGCCAAAUCUUGAUGAUUUCAUGGAGAUAUCUGAUUUCUUCUCCAGCCCUCGGCCAGUGCCUGCACAACCCCCCCUGAGCUACACAGAUCAGCCUUGCUUUGUGCCAGCACCAGACACCCUUUUUGAUAGUGGUGGUAGCAACCUUCUUCCCAGCCCAUCCAAUGCCUUGCUUCCCACAGGCUCUGCCAGUUCUCCUGUCUUGAGCAGCCCUCGUCUUCAGUCUGCAGGUGGUUGCCCAGCUCAGCUUGGUUCACCUGGUGCUUUCCUCAGCCCUGAGCUCCCUCCCAUUCCUUCCCCCUCAACCUCCCCCAACAAUUUUGGUCCUGAUCGCAAGCAGAAGUCCCUGCUUCCCUACACACUCCCCAACAAAUGGCUUAGCCUUGACCACUAUGGCCCUUAUUGUCCUGCCCCCCUCUCCAGAGCCCCUUUGCUGGGACAACAGCCAGCAUGUCCACCACUGUCAGCCCCUUGCUCCAAGUUCCACUACCCAUCUGCCCCUCUCUUUUCUUGUCCUAAUUCCCCAUCCCUCUCCACAGCGUGUUUUUCCCCAAAUAUACCAGGUUACAAUGUAGACUUGCCUUCUGGAUACCAUUCUCCCUUCAGUGCAUCACAUCUGCUCCCUAGUUUGCCAAGCAGCCCUACUUCUGGCAUGGCCAGAGGACAGCCUCGGUCUGGAAGUGACAGGCCCAAGACCAAGGGAGCAACCGUCAAGAACAAGAGGUCCCCAAGACUUCCUGUCCCGCCACUUGCUGCAACGAUAUCUGACCAGAGUCUGACAGAGCUGCUGAUCACAGGAAAAGCAGAACCUAGUUUAGAGGACCUGUCUGCUCCCAGCCACACUGUAGCCUCCACGGCACCUGAGAUCCUGCACAACCCAUUUGGUGAAGAACCUGCCAGCUUCUUGCCCCGAAUAACAGAGCUCAGCCCUCAGCUGUCCCCCAUCUCCAGCCCCUCACAGUCCAUCCCAACCACCACAGCAUCAACAGGUUCAUUGCUUGCCCCCAAGAUAGAACGUCUCUCCCCCACUCCCAUUUGUGCCAAUAACCAGAGAAUGACACAAGGACCCCCUGUCUCCCUUGAGGGGCUAGUUCCAUCCCCUCUCUAUUCAAGCCAAAAUAGGACAGAACCAAGCAAGACUGAGAGCCGCAGAAUCAUCCACAUUUCUGCUGAACAGAAACGCCGUUUUAACAUCAAACUGGGAUUUGAUACAUUACAUGGCCUAGUGAGCACUCUGAGUGCCCAGCCUAGCCUCAAGAUCAGCAAAGCCACAACCCUGCAGAAAACAGCAGAAUAUAUUUGCAAGCUGCAGCAGGAACGGGCUACCCUGCAGGAAGAAGCCCAGUGCCUGCGGGAUCAAAUUGAGGAGCUGAACGUUUCCAUCAACCUCUGCCAGCAGCAGCUGCCUGACACAGGGGUGCCCAUCACCCGCCAGCGCUUUGACCAGAUGCGACAUAUGUUUGAUGAGUAUGUCCGUUCGUGCACCUUACAGAAUUGGAAGUUCUGGGUUUUCAGCGUCAUCAUGCGGCCUCUCUUUGAGUCCUUCAAUGGGAUGGUAUCCACCACCAGCCUAGAAAGCCUCAGUCAGACCUCUUUGGCCUGGUUGGAUCAAUACUGUUCACUUCCGGCAUUACGACCCACUGUACUGAGCUCCCUUCGCCAACUGAGUGUUUCUACUUCAAUCCUGACCAACCCAUCUGGCAUCCCGGAACAGGCUACCCAAGCAGUGACAGGAACAAGUACCAUUGAUGGCUCUUCCUAGCCCAAAAAUGGGAUGCUAACCAAAGAAUGACAGCUGCCAGAGGAUUCCUUCAUCCCUUCAGAAGAGCUACGUUUAUGAAACUGAUCGAUUGGUUCUCUGCAAGAAGCUUAUAGAAGAAGCAUCUUCUGUGCUGACUUUUCUCCAAAAUUUCUCUAACUCAAAACCAUCUGGCCCAGCCUUCUCUCCCAAUCUGGCCAAUGAAACAGAAGUGAUUAAACUAUAAAAUCUG